AUGGAGAAGGAGAUUCUGGAGGUUUUCGCGGUUGCAAAGAAGGCGGGAGAUGCUGCGGCGGUGGACGGCGGUUCGUCGGAGGUCUCCCGCUGUUUGGAUGCGCUUAAGCAACUGAAGAAGCUGCCAUUGACGACGAAGGAGCUCGUCGCCACGAAAGUAGGCCGUUAUCAUCCCUGUCCCUCUGUCUCUCUCCCUCUCUUUCUUUCUUUCUUUCUAUCCCCUUCUGAAGACUCGUCUGUCAUGUUUAAUGCUUUUAAUUCUCGAUUAGACUACGGUAUAUCUGUGUUUUUCUUCGAAAUUCAUUCGCGAGGGGUCUUCUGGUUGUUUUUUCGGGUUAUGCUGGAUGCAUGUCAUUAAAAUUUAGUAACGUCUCUUUCCUCGUUUGUGAUGGAUCAUACUCUAGUGCUUCAGGCAUCAGAUAUGACGAAGGGCUUUGUGACUGUAGUUAUUUCUUCUGUUGUAUUCUUUGGGUUGCCAUCAGUGGAAAUUUGGUACGUCCUAAAUAAGUUUACUUUCCAUUGCAUGCUAUGAUGGUUACAAAUCCAUAUGCCGAAACCGUUGUGGUUGCCUUUGCCUUCUCGGAUUUCUGCCCUUCGGGAUGUAUUUUAUAAUAAUGGGAUGCUCACGCUGCAUGCAGCCUAGUGAAAUCUACCUUGUGAGUUUGGGGAAAAUUCAGAGUUUUGAUAUCAGUUUCCGUGCUAGAGAAUCUUGUGUAGGAAUUCGUAGAAAAUCCACUUUACAUCUAAUCCCUUUUUGGUUUAGCUUUGCAUGAUUAUAGUUCUUGAUAACAGAGCAUAGAUGAUGCAAAUAAAAUACUCCUUGGACAGAUAGAUCCUUCCUCUGUCUCUAAACUUCCUCAUGCCUGGUGUUGCUGGAAAUUCAGCUUCAAGUCCUGAUUAAAUGCACGAACGUAGUUAUAGCUUAAAAAAGUUUCCGAAACUUUUAUUGAUCAUUCUGCAUUUCUGUUACGUCCUUACCAAGCUAUUCCAGCGAACUUGAGGCGCCAUUUUUGUAAAAAAGUUUCAUCUAAAGUAUCAAACUUGUAGAAUACACGAGGUGACGUAUGAUUCCACUGGGCAAGCAAAUUAAAAAGUUACGAGGAGGAAAGCCAAAAGCAUCCGAUGAUACAUAACAGGGUCUUCCUUCUAAGGAAGACGAGAACAUUUGGGAACAUGCUAAUGGAGAAAGAGUUUCAGGAGGAUUUGGUUACGAUGAAGUUAUGUGAAAAAAUGGAGUAAUAUUCAAAGGAUCUUAUUGGUUGAGGGAUCAUUAUAACUGCUUGAAGCUUACGUGAGGACUUUGUGGAUUGAAUGCCACUUUAUCCGUCCUAAAUCCACUACAUCAGCUCUUUAGAAUUUUUUUUAAAUUGAUUUUGUUUCAUUAUAUCUUUGUUUCUUCCAUAAUUUAAGAAAUUCUAAGAUAUGGGAGUUCAUAUUUCUGCAUUAUCAGAAUUAAAUUUUUGUUGCUAUUAGGUAACAUGCUGGCAUGAAACUUUCUUAAAACGAUCGGAGGCAUGGAAUUUCAUACUGUAUAAGAGACUUUUCAUAGUCUUUGCCUCUCAGUUUAACUGCCAUUAAGUGGUAUGCGUGGCUAUGGAUUCAAAGCCAUCUAAACCCUGUUGCCUAAAUUAGCAUUUUAAACUCUCUCUCUCUCUCUCUCUCUCUCUCUCUCUCUCUCUCUCUCUCUCUCUCUCUCUCGCUCGUGGACUUUCUGACAUACGUGCACCUUUGCAAAAUAUAUAAGCAUCCAUUCCAGAUCCGCAUGUCCUUCAUUGGGGUGCGGUUGUAGUUUCACACCAUCACAGGAAAAAUACUAAGGCACGAACUAUAAUUUGACACAUUAUGCAUUGUUUUUUUCAUUAUCCCCAGUAAUUCUUUAUUAGUCCAAAUUUUUGGAUCCUGUCUGCCGCUUUCAUUGCUUCUCCUUUCGAGUUCGUCCUUGCAUUUAUUAAAAUGGUGGCGCUAGUUCAAUGAUGUUAUUUUUGCUAUUUUUUCUUUUAAUAUGUUGUGGUCCAUCUGUGAUCUUGUAAAUUAGUUCACUCCUGAUACUAUACAGGAAAUUCAAGGCCUCUUCAUCAUAGCCUAAUCACGUUUGAGAAUGUGAAAUACCUAAGGAACCUCUUCAUCAUAUCGUUUUUCAACUCUUCUGGUUUUAAGGAAAAAAAUUCCAUUAUUCUGAUCGAUGGGGGUGAAAACCCAUGUAUGUUCCCUCUCACUAGGACGGUACAUUGCGCGAGUCUGAAUGGUCAGGAUUAUGUUCCCCUGCUGACAAUGUUUUUCAAUGCAUAAAAAAAUAAUCCUUUCCAGGCUCGGGAUUUUUUUCUGCGACUGAUAUUAUCUGAAUGCAUCAUAAUCUUUACCUAUUCCAGUUUCGGCCGUCUUCAUUUUGUUGUUGAACACAAUGGAUUUAGAAGCUCACUUUCAGCUGACUGUUGUCUAGUUCUCUUGGUUGGAUACGAAUUGCUUGAAAACAUUGCAUCCCUCAGUUGAAUAUGCCUCAAUUUUAUAGCUAGUGCCCAGCUUUCUCAGGCUUCCAAUGUCCUUGCUGGGGGUUCUGAUCAGCAUAAUCGGAACAAAAAUCUGGGCUCAUUCCCUCUGUUUUAUUCUAUUUAUGUUCUUGGGCUUCAUGUUACUUGGCAUUUUUUGUCUGCAAAAAUCAUUUCCGAAUGAUUCCUGAAGAAAUUAUACGCACUGCAUUUUUUUCUUGAACUCUUCAGUCCAGAAGGAAAAUGCGAGGCAAUCUCUGCUUAAAUCGGUUGAUUUCAUCAUAUGUGGCUGCACCUUCGUAACCAGCAUUAAUUAUCCGUGCAGGUGGGUAAAGGAAUCCUCUGCCUCACGAAGCACCCUCAGAAGAAGAUCCAGACAGCGGCUUCGGAGCUCCGCCAGCAUUGGAAGGACUUGGUCCUCGAGGAAGCGGCGAACAAGAGCAAGAAGAGCAACCCUCCGGGGGAGCCGUCGCUGCCGCUGAAGGCCGCUGCCGGAGUAAAGCCCAACAAAUCCGCCGCCGUCCAGAACAGCGGCGAAUCUCUGAAACCUGAGAGGAUUUCUCGAGAAUUCAUUGAGAUGAAGAACGGGGUUUCUGAGAGAGUGAACAACGGAACCAGAGCCGCCACCCGGGAGGAGAAGCUGCCGCCACCACCGCCGAAGCUCUCCUCCAUGGUGAAGUGCAAUGACGAUGUGCGGGACAAGUUCCGGGAGAUGGUGGCAGAGGCGCUGGCGAGGGUCCCCGGCGAGGUGGCUGAGGAAUUGAAGACCGAGGCGGCGGCGCAUGAUCCGAUCCGGGUGGCCGUGGGGGUUGAGUGCCACAUGUUCGAGAAGCUGGGGAAGUCAACGGGGGCGCACAAGGCCCGGUACAGGUCAAUCCUGUUCAACAUGAGGGACCCGAAGAACCCGGACUUGCGGCGGCGGGUGCUGCUGGGGGAGGUCACCCCGGCGGAGCUGGUGGGGAUGGCACCGGAGGAGAUGGCCAGCGACGACAGGAAGCGGCAGAACCAGCAGAUAAAGGAUAAGGCGAUCUUUGAAUGCGAGAGAGGAGCGCCCGCUAAGGCCACCACCGAUCAGUUCAAGUGCGGCCGCUGCGGCAAGAGGAAGACCACCUACUACCAGCUGCAGACCCGUAGCGCCGACGAGCCUAUGACCACCUUCGUCACCUGCGUCGAGUGCAACAACCACUGGAAGUUCUGCUGA